AUGGCCAAGUUGCUCUUACAAAAACUAUGGCUAACUGGGAUGUGCUGGAAUGAAGUACUACCCCUAGAGUUGGUCAACGAAUGGCACACCUGGACGACGGAUCUUGAGCAGUUGCACUCUUUGAAAGUACCGAGAUACAUAAGGCACGGUGUUCUGGCAGGAGCAAGAAGAAUGCAAUUGCACGUCUUUGUAGAUGCAAGUAUGAAAGCCAACGGCUCGUGCGCAUACUUGAGAACUGAGGAUUACCAAGGGAAUGCAGCCACCAUGUUGAUUGUCGCGAAGACCAGGGUCGCACCGAUAAAACCUUUAACACCGCCUAGGAUUGAGCUCAUGGGAGCUAAUAUGGGAUCCAAGCUCUUACAAUACAUAAAAGACUCCUAUUAUGACGUGGACCUGGACUACAUCAUGUGGACAGAUUCGACAGUUGCCCUCAGUUGGCUGAGAGUAGGGCCGGAGAAAUGGAAGCCGUUUGUCAAAAACAGGAAAGGACCCAACUGGUUGUGCCAAGAGGCUUCAAAAUGGCCUGGAAACGCAGCUCCGUUGCAAAACACGUCACAACCGGAAGUCGAAAAAGAGACACCGGUGUUGUUGGAGAAUGAUCGAGUGGUGCCAACAUUGUUGUUCGAUGGCGGAGCAUACAAUAAUUACCACAAGGUUCACCGGAUAGCUGCCUGGGUCAUUAGGUUCGCUAACAACGCGAACAAAAAAAAAAUGACAAGUUCCGAGGAGGGCAAAGUGCAGCGGAAAUGGACACCGCAGAGCGAACCGCCAAAGCGGCGGUUUAAGUCAGAACGCGGCUUCUUGGAUGUCGACAGCCUUGACGACCACAUCUUUCGAAGCUUGUUUCGCUUCCACAAAGAAGACAUCGGGGAACUCCUUUCCUGCCUUCGCAUCCCUGACAAGGUGACAUCCGCCCAGGGUGUCGUGGUGGCCGGGGAAGAAGCUCUAUGUAUCACCCUCCGCCGUCUUGCGUACCCAAACAGGUGGGUCGACCUCGAGAUGCUAUUCGGGAGAAGCUCGUCGACGCUGUCAAGCAUAACCACGAAAGUCCUUCAGCAUAUCGACACAACGUUUAGUCACCUCCUUCAAGAUCUCAAUGUACACAGCUGGCUGGACUUGGCCGAACUAGAGCGCAUGUCACAGGCAGUGCAUGCCAAGGGAGCCCCGCUGACAAACUGUUGGGGAUUCCUGGACGGCACAGCACGGGCCAUCUGCCGUCCCUCGCAGUCCCAGACCGAAUACUUCUCCGGGCACAAGCGACACCACGUCAUAAAAUUCCAAUCCGUCAUGUGCGCAAAUGGCAUCAUUUGUGAGUUCGAUGGACCUUACCGAGGGAGACGACAUGAUGCUGGCAUGCUGCAGCGGAGCUGCCUGUAUGAAAAAUUACAGAGGCUCGUUCAGGGGCGCUCGUACGUGCUGUAUGGAGACCCUGCAUAUCCCAUCAAGGCACUCAUAAUAAAGCCAUAUGGGGUUUCUGGAGCCACAGCAAUGCAGCGGCUCUUCAACAGUCGAAUGAGCACUGUGCGACAAGCCGUGGAGUGGGGAUUUGGCAAGAUCGUGGCAGAGUUCGCGUUCGUGGACUUCAAAAAAAACCAAAAAAUCCUGAGGCAACGAGUGGCCCGGAUGUACAAGGUAGCCACCAUACUGGCAAAUUGCCAUACUUGUACCUAUGGCAGCCAGGUGGCAAGUUUUUUUUGAUCUGGCACCCCCGACACUUCAGGAGUACCUUAGCAGUGGUUUAACUCCAGUCUAAGCUUGGCAAAUGUUUUUUACCUGUGCCCAUUUGAGGCAUUGUGUGUACAGAAGCUUACUGCUCAGAUAUUGUGGCUAAGAUAUCAGUGUUAAUUUUGA